ACGGAAGCACCUAGCCUAUGGCGGAAACACCUGGUCCUGCACAGCCUCCUUCGCGCUACCGCAAAUCUCCGCUCUGUUUUCUGACAACGCGCCAUUCUCGCCUUGGCAACAACGCAAGGCUCAGUCGCCGCCGUUCCCCUCAAAGCCCAUCGAGUUUUCUCCGAUCCCGCCGAGGGACGAACAGCCGCAUGCGGCUGCAUCGCGCCUGCGCCAUAGUGUCGCCCGCGCCCGCGCCCGCGCCAUGCUGUCAAGCAUUCACUCAUUUCCAUCUGCGCCGGACACUGUCUGCCUCAGGCUGGCAGCCUGGCAGGUGCGCUGGAACCGAGGGGAGAAACGACAUGCAGGCUGCACCUGGGCCGGGGUGUUUCUCGGCGGGUUGACGCUCUACGUGUAGGUACACGUCUGGGUAGUGGUGGUAGCCAUGCGAUCCAUGGAGCUUCAGACUGGCUGGCUAGUCGGACCCACUAAACUUCAAAAUUCCAUACCUUUUAGGUACAGACCUUUUUCGAGCAAGGUCCGAGUCGGACUUAUUAGUACUUACGAUGGGAGUAGAAAUACGCGAAAAGUCUUCUUGCGUCACCGUCGCCGCUGCUUUGAAGUUCCAGACUGGAACUUGCCAAAAGAGCCUUCCCCUGGGAGUUACAGCAUUGUUUUUUGCUGUCGCCGCUGCUUGCCUCUUCGCCCAUGCUUCCGCGGCGCCUCUUCCCGGCGCACGUCUUCCCUCUCCAAACGAAUCUCCAGAAAAUAAUGUAAAAUCCGCUGAGACGCUCUCGGAUCUGGUCGCGCUUAAAGCGCAGGCCGUGGAGGCGAGGCGGCACGCGCUGGUGCUUCUCCGCGAGGUGCGGUCGCUCAAUGACAGCAUCUCCGCCGCCAACAAGAAAAUCCAGGCGGCGCUGGCCGCGCAGGACAAGCUCAAGGUGACGUCAGCGCGGCUGGCGGAGCAGCGGAAAGUCGUUAAAGAGCUUUCUGCUAUUGUAGACAAAACCGCGGAGCGGAUGUUCCGGCAACUUGCUGAAGGCUCAGCUACUACAAGCCGGACCUUCGACUCGGAGAGUGGCUCGGAAGAGGAGGACGCCCAGCUAUCGCUGGUAACAGAGCGUGACUCGGAGGAAGCUCGGCUGUCGCUGGUAACAGCAGGCGAGGCGAAGCUCGUUGCAGAGCGGCUUGCAGCACGGGUCGCACGGAGGGUUAUGCGACUGCGCGACAAAGCAGACUCGUACGGCGUCGCAGUGACGUGUCGCGACGAAAUGGUGAAAGUUUUUGAGCUGAGGCUCCCCCACGUGCUGGCAGCAGAAGAGAAAGCGGAGGAGGCAGCGCGGGAUUAUUUCACAGCGUGGAGACGGGCAAUGGAGACUUUCCCGGAAAUUGAUGUGCUUGAAAUCGUCCAGUCAGCGUCCUCAGAUUCUGGCCGAGCAAGGCGGGCCACGGACAUUUUGAAAUUGUUGGGGGGCGCGGGACAAGGGCAACUGAGAGGUGAAGUGUCUCCCGGGAGCGUCAAAGACGACCCCUUUUCUGCAGAGAUUGACGAUUCCCAUGGCGGAAGGACCGACCUUGGAAAGCAGACUCAAAAGCUGAGGCCCUUGGGAAUUGUGAACGAGUCCAGGCAAGCGGUGGAGGAAGUAGCAGCAGCAGAUGCAGAGGAGGCUGUGGCUCGGGGAUUGCUGAACGGCCUCCGAGCCGAAAUUCAGGCAUGGAAAUCUUCCAUAGCUGAGGUUCGGGCUUCAGAGGAUCUGCAGAAGCUCAAGAGAUUGCGGCAAGAGCAGGAGAAUGCGGAGGGAGACGCACAGUUUGCUGAUUUCCAGGUGAAGGAAUCAGAGAAGGACCUGCAGCAGGCGAGGGCUCUGGUGGCAGAAACAAUGGAGAUGGUAGAGGAACAGAAAAAGAUUCUCCAAGAAGCAGAACAAGCGGUGGCCCGAGCCAUGGCUGUUGAGGCAAAAACACAUACCUUGAGAGCACGGAUGCUGCGAGAGGAGGCAGAACUGGUGACGGCCCAGGCGGAGAGAGUGGCUGGAGCAAUGGUAAGGAAGAUGAAACGAGCUGAGAUGCUGGUUUUGGAGAGAACACAAGGAUUGCAAGCUGCCCAGCUGGAAAGGGAAAAUGCAGCAAAGAAAGCUUCUGAACUUGGAGCCAAUGUGAAGGAGAUGGGAGAGCGGUACGGUAGAAGUGAGUUGGCAGCUAAGGAGGAUGUUAGGCUUAUGAAUCUGCUGAAGCCUGUAGUGCUCACAAAGCAUGGUGAAGCACGUGCAGCUAGAUUGGCAUGGGGUAGGUUCUUAAUCUUGGGAAAAGCUUAGGUGUUACAAACCGCCCACUCUUCAUUUUUUAAAGUAUGUACGUGUUGCAUAUACGUGU